AUGUCAACUUUCCAAGAUAUUAAUCAAUUUGAUUGGAAUUCAAUGUUGAGUGAUAUUCAACAACAACGUGAAAACAUGAACCAAACACAACAACCACAAUCAAUCCCUAAUGCUAUGACUGCAACUACACCAUCAAAACAAGAUUUUUAUGCAGUUCAACAAACUCAACAACCUUCACCAAUUAGUUCAGAUGAUAAUGAUAUUUGGUUUGAUAAAUUUUUGAAUCAAGAUGGUCAAAUGAAUCAAGAUGAUCAAAGAAGUUCAAUGUCAUCAAAUGCUUCAAACACAAAUGCUACUACCUCACCAUUAGAAUUCAGUUCAUUGUUUGAUGUUAAUGAUAGAGAAGAUGAAAGUUUAUUCUCUUCAAAUGUCACAAGUCUUGAUAAUUCACCUUUAAUUAAAGCUGAAGAUUCCAAUCAACAAAUACCAAAAAUGGAUCUUCUCAAUCAAACAAUUCCAGAACAACCAACCCCUGAAUCAAUUGAUGAAUCAUACCCAAUUGAUCAACAAGAACAAACUGCUACUAAUGCUAACGCCACUGGUAGUGAUGCUAAGAAACCAAAAAAGAAGAGAGCUCCAAGAAAGAGAUUAACUCCACAUCAAAAACAAGCACAUAAUAAGAUUGAAAAAAGAUAUAGAAUCAAUAUUAAUGCAAAGAUUGCAGGUUUACAACAAAUUAUUCCAUGGGUUGCAAGUGAGAAAACUGCUUUCGAAAUUGGUGAUGGAAUUAAAGUUGAAUCUGAAGGUGAAGUUCCAAGAUUAAACAAGAGUAUGAUUUUAGAAAAAGCUACCAGUUAUAUUCUACACUUACAAGAAUCAGAUUCUAAAUUAAAAGAAGAAAAUGAAAAAUUAAAGAAGGAAAUUGAAAGAUUAGGUGGUAAUGCUAAUUUAUAA